AUGAGAAAUGGGGGAAAAUUACCAGAUUCUCCCUCACCUAAUCUGCGACUCAUGCGACUUCGUCCAAUGACUGAGUAUAGGGCUGUCAUUUGUAUUGGCCACCGCGCUCAGAAGGCUGUUGGCGCUGCCGCGCACGCGCAUCAUCAGGGACGCGACUCGCUUGCGCAUGACGGCAUGAAAGUCAUCCGUAUAACCCAACUGAAGUCUGAAGUAGAAGACUUAAAAGAGAAGCUGGAGACUCUCAGAGUUAAGAGAGCAGAAGACCGCGAGAAACUUCGGGAGUUCGAAAGAGUCAAAUUACAGCUGGAGCAAGCUAAUGAGUUCAAGAGCAAAAUCAUGGAGUCGCAGGCGCAGUUGCAGAGAGAUCUGCAGAGAGCUAAGCAGGAGGUCCGAGAAGCCCAAGAAGCACUUGAAGCACACAAAGAGGAGACUUACGAAAUCCAAGAGGCCGCAGAGAUGGCAGCUCUAGACAAAGAGAUGGCUGAGGAAAGAGCUGAGACACUAAUUCUGGAGUUAGAACAGUGCAGGGAGAAGCUGGAGGAGGCUACCCUCGAUUUGCAGCUCAUGAGAGCUGAGUUGGAGGCUGGGGGUAAUAUACAACAUCCGUAUGCAGCCGAGGGUGCUGGCGCGACCGGAUACGAAAUGCGGCAGCUGCAGCAGCAGAACGUCAGACUGAGGGACACCUUGGUCAGACUCAGGGAUCUGUCGGCGCAUGACAAAUAUGCUAUGCAGAAGAUGCAAAAGGACAUAGAACAAUACAAGUCGGAAAUAGCAGAAUUGAGUAGAACAAAAGAGAAGCUGUCGUCUCGGGUAGAAGAACUGGAAGCUCAAGUGGCCGAUUUGAGGGAACAAGUCGAUGCGGCCUUGGGCGCUGAGGAGAUGGUCGAACAGUUGGCUGAGAAGAAAAUGGCUCUUGAAGAUCUGGUGGAACAACUAAAACAAGACGUAGCCGAGUUGGAAGCUUUGCAAGAAGUCCAUGAACAGCUGGUGGAGUCAAAUCGCGAGCUCGAGAUGGAUUUAAGGGAAGAGCUGGAGAUGGCGCAUGCUGCUACUAGAGAGGCAAACCGCGAACGCGAGGCGAGUCUAGAGACAAUAAUGGAUCGGGAUGUCACCAUUCACAAGUUCAGAGAACUGGUUCAAAAGAUGACCGAACAGUAUAAUGAGCUGCGUAAUCAACUUGAGUCCAAACAAGGUUCCCCGGCACCUUCUGAGCAAGACUCGGACUCGGUUCGACCGUCACCCCCAGUGGAGCUUGGCUCCCUCGUCCAGCUGUCGCGCGCAUCCACACGCUCCAUCGACCUUCAGCUGCGUGCCUUGGAGCUGACUCAGGCUAGAGCCAGAGCUGAUAUGCUCGCCGCUUGCUUACCUGACCACUUCAUGCAACCUGCAGGUGAUCACGACGCCAUAUUGCUGAUUCUUCUGCUCCAAAGGUUGAACACGAAGGCAGAUAUCAUUCUUGGACAGAUUCGUGAGAGAUUCCCAGCUGUUAAUGUAUGGGAUCGAGAAGUGGUGACCAAGACGCAUACGGCUGUGCAGUACAGCUUCAGGUGCCAGCUGGAGUACCAGCUGCAUAUGAUACAGUGCAUAGUGUCAAUGUGGAUCGAGGCACUCGACAGCUGUCCCCCAGAAACAUUACUGCGUGCCGCCAGUGCCUUACCCGAUGCGGCUGCGCAGGAACGAGCGCUAGAUGCGGCCGCGCAUUUGCUUAAAGGAAACGAGUUGGAUGAAAACUGCAACCUUGACGGCAUAGAACGUUGCUGGACGUACCUGUCGGCCAUGUGGUCGGCGCUGAACCUGUCGGCCGUGGAGGGCGCAGCCGUGACGCGCGAGGGCGUGGCGCACGCCUGCAGCGCGCUCGACGCGCUUGCGCGUGCGCUGUACGCCGACGCCACAGCGCUGGAGCAUGUGCUGCAGUCUUCAGACCACCAACAAGAGCUGGGUCAGCUUCACGAGCACAUAAAAAGUUCGACCAGUACUUUGCAACAGCAAUUGAAGAGCAUUCGACGACGUCUUCCACCUGGAGUGAAGCUACAUGCUGUAUUGCCUAACAUUAUGGUGGACCGCCUGCGCGGCGAGAGCGCCGCUGCGCUGUGGCGCUGCGCCCGCGCAUCGUCGCUGUGCGCGCGCGGCGCCGCCGCCUGCGCCGCCACGGCGGGCGAGCGCGGCGAGGGCGCGCCGCUGCCGCACGCGGCGCUCUACACGCUGUGGGCCGCCGCCGUCGACAAGGUCUUCCAGCAGGACGACCACGGCCCAGUGAAGUCGAUAAAGCACUCCCUUUCACAAGUAUCUGCUGACGUCACCAAGCUCUGCACUGUCGCUCAGGACAAGGAGUACGACAUGAUGUCGCUUACUAAUGUACAUCAAGAUAAGCCUACACCCCCAGUGGUACUACGAGCUCAACUGGUGAAGAAGCAGCUGGAGGAGACCAAGACUCUCACCAUUAAGUUGGAGAACAAGGAAGCUGAUAUCAAGGAACUGCGUAAAGCAUUGAAGGCGAAACAAGAGGAACUAUCAGAAAUGCAAAUCCGUCGCGAGUUAGGCGAACGAAAGCUGACGACAGCAGCGAGAGAGGCUGAGCUCCGUGCAGAACAGCUGCAACGGCGUUUGGAUGACGCUCAUAAUCAACUCAAGAGGUUAGGCAUCACGAGACACUUAAGAGACAAAAUCGUCCUUCGUCAUCAUUGA